AUGCAAGUCCAGAAAGCUCGUAAAUUAAAACCUAAGCUUUUCAUCGAUUAUGUUCUGGUCAUCACGUACGCCGUGCGGUAUUGGUCCGCCGGCACUUACAAAGCACUGUUUUUGAGACACGAAGGGUAUUUGGGCGCAAUUGGCGCGUUUGCCAAGUCCUUGAACGAUUGGUCGUCUGGCGGGCCCAAAACUGUUUGGGCAGAGAAUUACGUAUCCACUUCCAUCACUCCUCUGGUCCCGCCCACCAGUACUGUCGAAUUUUUGAACGCCUCACACCGGCCCUCAGUUGUCUAUGCGGGGCCAACAGAGGUCGCGGAUCGUGUUCGGGAUUCCAUCGACAUCGCACCGAAAGACUCCAGCUUGGCUCGCCUGCCUUCUUUUUGUCAGGACACGCUUCGCCGUUUGUCUUCAUUGAAGCGCGUUCCCAUGGACACAAAUUAUCUGGAACUGGACCGAGUGUUGGGGUUCUCAUUGGAACCUCUGCCACUGUUAGAUUCGCCAACCGAUUAUGUACCGGAUACGUGGGACCUCACACAAGACAGUGAGGCGAGAGCGUACUGGUUGCAAUGUCUAGAAGAUGGGGUCGAAAGACAGCGGCUGAAAGCCGAAGAGAGCCAGUUGGCCACCAUGCCUGAUUCCACUGAGCGGUCGAAGCAGUUCGCCGAACGCUACAUCAGCUAUCUGCACGAACUGGGACAAAAUCCGAGCAGCUCUGGUGUGUUGAACGUUCGCAGCUUGCUUUCGGCUCAGCAACAUUUUCUGCGUGAAUUCGGUUUCGCCGAUCCGUACUGCAUGCAAAAGAAGUUGGAAAACCGAUCAGCUCUUCUCGCAUUCCCCGCAAGACUACAGUACCUAACUGGACUUUCUUGGGAGGACCGACAGCAGGCUCUGAUACUCGCCCUGUUGGCUGGCAAUCUGUUCGACUGGGGAGCAUCAGAGAUGGUGAAAUUCUUUACGGAGGCACCAACAGAUAAAUUUGGCAUUCCUUGUCCGGACUCGACUCUUAGUAAACUUCCGUCUCGCCCCUGGCUCAUGGAUAACUAUGAUGAGUGGAUUGAAGCGAUUCGACCCGGCAAGCGACCAUACCGUUGUGCUCUGAUCUUCUGCGACAACAGUGGUCCCGACGUCAUACUGGGUGUCCUUCCACUGGCUCUGGAAUUCAUCAGUGCGGGCACGAAAGUGAUCUUGGCUGCGAACUCAGGUCCCGCCAUAAACGACGUGACUUUGCCGGAGUUGGAGAUUCUGCUUCGUCUCAUCGCCUCGUACGAGUCGAGCGUGGCGGAGGCGUUGUCUAGCGGUCAGCUGCUGCUGGCUGAGAAUGGACAGUUCUCUCCGUGUCUGGACCUCCGUUUAACCGCAAGCACGUUGGUCCAGUUGAUCAAACGCGAGCAGGUGGACUUGAUCAUUAUUGAAGGAAUGGGUCGGGCAGUUCAUACCAAUCUGUACGCUCGAUUUCGGGUUGACUGCCUGAAGGCUGCGGUCAUCAAAAAUGCGUGGCUCGCUCGUCGUCUAGGUGGCGACUUGUAUAGCGUUGUGUUCAAGUUCGAGUCAGCCUCCGGCAUCACUGGGUCAAACCACCACCGGAAUGCGUGUGACCAAUCAAACGAUUCGAAGGUUGCCUAACCUAUUCCUCCCAAUCCACGCAAUCCCUUCCACAGCACUCCUAUUUCCAUUUUAAACUAUUCCUCGUGAUCAAGGAGGCGUGUGCCGUCGGAAUUACCCUCACGCUUUUACACCUUUUUUCUAUACUCACUUGUCCGGUGUGUUUUUUCCACGGAAGUGCAAUUGCUUCGAUGAGAACCCUACCCCACAAUUGUUACCUGCUAUUAUUUUGCUUACAUUUGAUUUUCUUUAUCUCAUAAACCAGUUUUUACUACGUGAUACCGAUGAUGAUCGUUGCGUAUUCUCGGGGUGUGUGAGCUGCACCUUCUCUGUGGGAUCUGCUAUUCAUCGAGCCACCAGAUCGAUUCUAUUACUUUACUUUACCGCGGCUAACUCCUGA